AUGGCAAAGCCCGAUAUAGAGGGUUUCACCCUCCUGGCCACAGGCCUCCUCUUCAUCUUCAUUCGCAUCUACGUCCGCCUAGGACAAGUCGGCUCGCCCCUGAACUUUGCCGUGGAUGACUACCUAAUGCCGCUGGCCGGGGUCUUCUUCGCCUGCGAAACCAUCCUCGCGCAUCUAGUUCGCAGCAACUUCGACGGUCUCACCAACAGCUACAUGACCGAUGAGCAGCGCGCAGCAGUGGAUCCAGCUUCCAGAGAACAUUAUAAUCGGGUCUGGGGGUCUAAGAUCCAAGUCACCGGGUGGUCAAUGUAUGCUAUGAUUAUGUGGUUGAUUAAGUUCUGCGUCGCUAUAUACUAUUCUCGACUCACCCGCUCAACCCUCAACGUCCUAAUAAUGGUAAUCCCCAACGUCCUCACAGACCUAUACCUAAUGUCGAUCCCACUCCCACUCCUCUGGGGCGUCAAAAUCUCCCCGCGCCAAAAACUCACCCUAAUGGGUCUCUUCAGCAGCGCCGCAUUUAUCAUAAUGGCUGCGAUUAUACGUGCCGUGUUGGUUUUGAUGGCCGGACCCAACGGCGCAAUCACCGGCUCGGAAUGGGCCUGUCGGGAGACGUUCGUCAGCGUGAUUGUUUCCAAUUUACCCAUUAUUCAACCGCUUAUUCGGAAGGGAGCGGGGAGGAUUGGACUUGGUGGGUUUGGGAGUGAUGAGGAGGGAGAGGAGGGUAGGGGGUCUUUGGUGGGGGUGGGGGUGGGGGAGAUUAAGGUUAUGAAGGAGACGAUUGUUAGGAGGGAGUUUGUGGGGAGGGAUGGGGAGGGGGUAAGAAAUGGGGGGUAUGAGUGGGAGGCUGGGGAGAGUAAGAGUAAUGCGAGGGAGUGA